AUGGAGCAGCUCCCUGCAGCCACCAGAGCGGCCUCCAGCCCCACUGAGCAGAUGCCAAAGGGCAGAGCUGGCUCCACAGGGAUGGAAUCCCCUGCGUGCCACCCCUCCAGCCUGCCCUUGCCCGCUCAGCCUGUGCACGUGCUGCCCCUGCAAUUCCGGCUGCUGGGCAUGGCUUUCUCCCCGGCUCUGGGCAGCAGGGAUUCGGAGAGCUACCGGCAGCUGGAGGGAGAUGUGAGACUGAUGCUCAACCAGAUGCUGUCCAGCUACGAGAGCUUCCUGCAGGCAAAUGUCCUUGAGUUCAUGAAUGGCUCAGUGGUGGUGCGAGGGGAGGUUCUGUUCCGGGGGGAUGCUCCUGCUCCCACCAACUCCCACCUCAUCCGGACAGUGGUCACAGAGGCAAGCAAGGGAAGGAGCAUCUUCAGCUGGCAGCUGGAGCCCCAGUCUGUCCAGUCUGGCGGCUUCAGCCUGGAGAACCUGGACCCGGAGAAGCUGUCCAUCUCCCUCACUGGCCCCCAGCUUGGGAUGGGCGGGAUGGAUCCUCUGGAGAGGCUGGUCAGAGAGGUGACUGCAUCUGUCAGUGCCCUCUACGACGUGAGGAACUUCACCAUCUCCCAGCUCAGGAACCUGGGUGGGAACACGGAGAUCACUGGAGACCUCUACCUGGACACAGUUGUCCACGCUGACGUUACGGAGGUUCUGGAAGCCCUGGCUGCGCUCUCUGCCCUCUCCAUGGACCCGACCUCCCUCUCGGUGGAGGGGUCCAGGCUGGCUCUGCACGUGUUCCCUCUCUCCUUUGUUGUCACCAACAGACGCUUCAGCCAGAAGCUCCAGGACCCGCUCUCUGCAGAGCACCACGAUCUCUCCAGGGACCUCGGCGAUGCAGUAGGAAUGGGGCUGGUGGGAAGAGGGGAUUGA